AAUCUGUCACUAGCUAGUUACUAUCUGUUUUGCAUUAUAUUAUUCAUUCAUGAAGUGCCUAUUGUUGCUCAUUCCAAUAUAUUAGGUUCUCUUUUUUCUUCAACCAUGGCUUUCUCAACUUGCUUUUGCUAUUUCAAGGUUGCUUAUGCCUUCUUCUCUUCUUUUCUCUAUUUUUUCCUCCUAAUGACAUUGGCAACCUCUUCUCCAUUCCUAUCAGAUGACAUAUUUGAGUCUAAUACUUUCACUGGCCGCGCCCUACUACAAACUAUGAAAGCUUGUGAAGUUGAUUUUGAACACCAGAACUACACAAUCAUAAUAAGCCAAUGUAAAGGUCCAAGAUACCCUCGAAGAGCUUGCUGUGAGGCAUUCAAAGAAUUUGCUUGUCCAUUUGCUGAUGAGAUUAAUGACUUGACAACUAAUUGUGCUACAAUUAUGUUUAGUUACAUAAAGGCCAAUGGAAAAUAUCCACCUGGAUUAUUUGCCCAUGAGUGCAGAGAAGGGCAAAAAGGUCUUGAUUGCAGCUUGGUAAAAAUAGCCAAUAGUUCUAAUAUUUCUAGCAGUGUUCAUGUGGCUGCUCCUCACCCUAUGUUGUUGAUUUCAAUUAUCGGUUUUUUGGGAUUUACUUUCUAAACUUGUGAGAGUGAGAUGCAUCUUUCUUGUAUGAAGAUGGAGAAUUUUAUUUUCUGAAUAAUAAAAAAAUUUACUUAUUAAUGAUUAA